AUGUUUCGCACGCUUUAUCGUUCCGUCCCCUGGAAUCUAUUUCAGAGUGCGAUUCGUGUACAUACUGGGCGAUUUUCCAACUGUGUCCUAACUAAGCCUAUUUUUCAACGAUUUCAACCUAUUCGAACUAUGGCUUCGCAAACUAAUGGAACUCAGUGGUUCCGUCUGCCGACAGAUGUGCGCCCCGUGCAUUAUGAUCUAACGAUGCUGUCGGACCUUGAGCGGCUUACUUUCCAUGGUGUGGCUGAUAUUGCGCUCGCCGUGGAACAAGACACACAGCGUAUCGAAUUCAACAUUGGCAAAGGACUCGAACUCAGCCAGGUCCUCGUAUCUUUUGAUGGUCAUCACCACGUGGUGCAGCCGUCGGUCGACAAGCAGCAUGAGCGUGUGACACUAUCGCUACCACAGUCGGUGGCACAGGGAUCGUCCCUCUCCAUCGUCGCUGGCUAUAAAGGUGAGAUUGAUCAGAGUAUGAUGGGAUACUACCAAUCGACGUGGCGCCACGACGGCGAGUCAGGGCAUUAUGCGCUCACGCAAUUUGAGCCGACCUCGGCUCGGCGUGCCUUCCCAUGCUGGGACGAGCCAUCUCAUAAGGCGACAUACACGUUCCGCAUGCUGCAUCGCACAAAUACUACGGCACUCGCCAACAUGCCCAGUGUCCGGUCACAGCACGUCGAUGUUGCACAGGUGGCGAAACUGCUUCACAUUGACGAUCUGCAUCUGGAUAUGCCAGCUUUGGGCGACGACUCAUGGACAUUGACCGAGUUUGCCAAGACACCAAAGAUGUCCACUUACUUAGUGGCAUGGGCCAACGGUGUGUUUCGUUAUAUUGAGGGCGCCUACACAUCUCCGAUCACGGGCCAGCAGGUGCCCAUGCGCGUGUACACAACGCCGGAGUACAUUCAUCAGGCUCAGUAUGCGCUUGAGGUGAAGCAAAAGGUGCUGCCGGAAUACGAAAAGGUGUUUGACAUUGCAUACCCGCUGCCUAAGCUCGACACGCUUGUUGCAUCUGACUUUGAUGCUGGUGCCAUGGAGAACUGGGGUCUGAUUACGGGCCGCACCUCUGUGUUUUUGUAUGAUGAAAAGUCAGGUCUCCAAGGUCUCAAACUCACAGCGGCCGUGCAGUCGCAUGAAUGUGCGCACAUGUGGUUCGGUGACAUCGCGACGAUGGCGUGGUGGGAUAACUUGUGGCUCAACGAGGCAUUUGCUACGCUCAUGGGCGAAGUCAUUAUUCUGGACCGUGUGUUCCCAGAAUGGAAGAGUGCGAGUGAGUUUAUUGUGUCACACUUGAACCGUGCACUCGAUUUGGACGGCAAGCGCUCGUCGCAUCCCAUCGAAGUCCCGCUGCAGGGUGAAAAUGUUGAGGACGCCGUGAAUCAGGUGUUCGAUGCGAUUUCUUACUCCAAAGGUGCUAGUGUGCUCCGUAUGUUGGCUCAGAUGCUUGGUGAAGAUGUCUUUUUGCGUGGUGUGAGCCAGUACUUGAAGCGCCACCUGUACAGCAACACGGUCACAAAGGACCUGUGGGAUGGUAUCAGCGAGGCGUCAGGGCUUGACGUGAACGCCAUUAUGGCUAAUUGGGUGCUGAAGCAGGGCUUCCCUGUACUGACCGUGACAGAGGGUACCGAUUCGAUCCAUGUGCGCCAGAACCGCUUUCUGUCGACGGGCGAUCCUGCACCCGAGGAGGACGAGACGCUGUGGCAGGUGCCUUUGGCUCUUAAGACUGUUCAGGACGGCAAGGCUACGACAGACAUGAAUGCCAUGCUUCCUGGCGUCCGUGAAACAGACAUCCCGGUCCCCGAUGCCAAAAACAGCGUGUGGAAGCUCAACGCCGAGACAAUUGGUGUCUACCGUGUCGCGUACUCACCCGAGCACCUAGCUAAGCUUGGAAAGGCUGCAGCACAAAAGGACAGUGCAUUCUCGCUCGAGGACCGUGUCGGACUCGUGAGUGAUGCAUUUACACUUGCCCAGGCAGGCUAUUCCAAGACAUCCGGUGGCCUGGCUUUGAUGCAUGCGCUUCGCGGCGAUAACAGCUCACUGGUGAACACGGCCGCCGCCUUGAACCUGGGAAAGCUUGCGAGCGUGUGGUGGGAGCAGCCUCAGUCCGUGCGCGAUGGUAUUAACCGCUUCCGCGCAGAUGUGUUCGGUCCGAUGGCCCGUGAGCUUACAUUUGAAUUUGGUGCGAAUGAUUCGAGUGAGCUGCGCGAGCUGCGCGAAACGGUUAUUACGGCUGCAGCAUCGGCCGGUGAUACCUGGACACUCGAUGAAAUCCGCCGUCGCUUUGCGCCUCUGCAAGAGCACGGUGAUUACAGCCUCAUUCACCCUGACUUGCUACGCACGGUUCUUUCGCAAGCCGUUAAGCAUGGCGGUGAAGCCGAGUACGAGACAGUCAUGGGCGUGUAUCGUGCACCACCCACACCAGCGCAUAAGACGUCAGCUAUGGUAGCCCUUGGCACCACACAAGACGCUGCUCUGAUCCAGCGCACGAUUGAAUUUGUGUUUAGCGGUCAAGUGAAGACUCAAGACUUUAUGUAUUUCUUCAUGUCGCUCUCGAGCAAUCCUCGCUCGCGUCGUACCCUAUGGGAGACGGUUAAGACUCGCUUUGACGACCUUGUCAAGACGUUUGAGGGCAACUUCUCGUUGGCAAACCUGAUCAAGUCGUCAAUCAGUACCUUUACGUCUGAUGCUGAUGCACGCGAUAUCCAGCAGUUCUUCAGCAGUCGCGACACGUCCAAGUUUAGCAUGAGUCUGGCGCAAGGCCUUGACACAGUGCAUGCUCAGACCCGUUGGCUGGAACGGGACGCUCAAGAUGUAGCUAGGUGGCUGGAGACCCAGGGGUACAUGUAG